GCGUGCAGCAGCAAUGAAGUGCCAAAUUCCGGAAAUAUCAUGGCACAACCGUGAUCCGGUGCUGAGCGUUGACAUUCAACCGAAAGGAGCGAACGAUCGUGAUCAUCAAUAUCGGCUGGCAUCCGGUGGGACUGAUUCGCAUGUGCUGAUCUGGUACAUGGUACAAAACCCUGACUGUGGUACGAUCAAUUUGGAACUAGCGGCUGAUCUUACGCGACAUCAGCGUGCGGUCAAUGCGGUACGAUGGUCUCCAUCGGGAGAACUGCUAGCAUCCGGCGAUGAUGAAAGUGUCAUAUUCAUUUGGAAGCAAAAAGGAGAGUCGGAAACAGUGAACAUUCUUGAUACCACCAACGAUCAGGACAAGGAAACGUGGCUAACACUGAAGAUUCUGCGAGGCCACAUGGAAGACGUGUACGACCUAUCCUGGUCGGCCAACUCGCAGUUUCUCAUCAGCGGCUCAGUUGAUAAUACGGCGAUCGUGUGGGAUGUGCAGCGUGGUAAAAAUCAGGCAAUUCUGCAAGAUCAAAAGGGCUUUGUACAAGGUGUUGCCUGGGAUCCACAAAACAAGUACCUGGCCACGCUAAGCACGGAUCGCACGUUUCGCGUGUACGACAUUAAAACGAAGCGUGUCGUUUCGAGGUGCAAUAAAUGUGUUCUGCCCGUACCGCAAUCGCAUCCGCUGAGGGACAAAACCGUUCGGCUGUUUCACGACGAUACGCUCCAGACAUUCUUCCGGCGUUUGUGCUUCAGUCCCGAUGGGAAUCUGGUCGUAACACCGUCCGGGGUUGCCGAAAUCGAAGGUGUUCCAAAGCCACUGAACACGACCUACAUUUUCACGCGGAACUCUUUCCGGCAGCCCUGUUUUACACUUCCUUCCCCUGACCAGUACUCGGUGGCUGUGCGCUUCUGCCCAGUGUACUUCCAGCAUCGGUCACACGCAGAAGACAAACCGCCGCUUAUGCCACUCCCGUACAGAAUGGUAUUUGCGGUGGCUACGAAAAGUUCCGUCUAUCUGUACGAUACGCAACAGGCCGCCCCAUUCGCGCUGAUAUCCAACAUCCACUACACCCGGCUUACGGAUAUUGCGUGGUCAUCCGAUGGCAAGAUUCUUAUAGUGUCUAGCACGGAUGGCUUCUGUUCGCUGAUUUUCUUCGCUGAAGGUGAGCUUGGAACAGUAUAUGAAGCCCCAGCAAAUGAACUGUCCACUGCUGACAAUCCUAGCACACCUCCAAAAACAACCGAGCCCACCAACGAUGGAAAUAUAAAAACACCAUCACCACCGAAGGAAAAGGGAAAGGAUGAAAAACCGGCCCAACCUAUCGCGUUUAGAAGAAAACCCAAACCAGAGGAAAAUCAACCGAACGAAACCGAUCCGCCCCAGACGCCACCUUCCGAUGAAAAGCCCGCGCAGCCGGUGGAAUUUGUCAUCGAAAAGGAUAAAAUAAUCAGCAGCGAAGAAAAGUUUGAAAGUCCUUCGAAAAAGGAUCGCCCAGUUACGCCAAUUGCUGUGCGGCGGCACCCAAGAACACCGUCGGACAAAAAGAAAGAUGCAACACCAGCGCUGUCCGGCUCGUCGGCUUCAUCGGUAGGAAAGAACUCUCCCAAACCCAUCGCUAUCCGUCGACAUCCACGAACACUGGAAACCGCUUCGGUGAAACUGACCACCGAACCGACUGCCGAGGAAGAUGCUAACGAUACAUGGCCAAUUGAUCAACCGCAACCGGGCACCGCCAAUGGUGUUGAGAAACAAUCGGUGCAGCCACUGCCCUGCCCGAUGGAAACGGACCAAACGGAAGACAUUGUACUGAUGGUUGAGUCCGACGGUGAAGAUGAAGCGGUUCCCGUUGCUCCUACGAAUGAGCCCAUGCAGGAACCAGAUUCCGAUGCACCGAAAACACCGCGAAGGGUAGAGUUUCGCACGAUAUCGACGCCGAAAUCGAAAAAGAAACUUUUAUGAGCGUAUCUUUGUAA